CGGACUCAUUACCGUGCAGCACUGUCAGACUCGGAAGCUGUUCGUUUGGUCGGAAACAGAGGGAUGAUCUGGUUGCUGUCAGUGUUGGUGCCUCUUCUGAGGCUGUACUUAUGCGGAAUUAAAGUUCUUAUCUAUCAGAUGUUCAACAGAUCUUUUACGCUACCAGUCUUACCCAAGCAAAAUGGAAGGGUUGCCAUUGUGACUGGGGGUACCAGAGGAAUGGGUUUUGAGACAGCGAGACACCUGGCAAGUCUGGGCAUGCAUGUUAUCAUAGCUGGGAACGAAAAAGAAGAGGGUACAGCAGCCGUCAGGAUGAUUCAAGAAGAAGGCAGCAAGGGGAAAGCUGAGUUCUUCUUCGUGGACCUGACUUCGCUGAAGUCUGUGCGACACUUUGCUCAAACAUUCAAAAGCAGAGGUCUUCCCCUAAAUGUUCUGGUUAACAAUGCUGGAACCAUGCUGGUUCCUGAGAGAUGUACAGAGGAAGGCUUUGAGCUCCACUUUGUGCUCAACUACCUUGGCCAUUUCCUGCUGACCAACCUGCUGCUGGACGUGCUGAAGAGUUCGGGUAAACAUGGCUGCUGCUCCAGAAUCAUCAACAUGUCCUCUGCUACACACUACGCAGGAGUUAUCCACAUGGAUGACCUAAACAGGAAGAUAAGCUACAGUUCCCAUGGUGCCUACUCCCAAAGCAAACUGGCUCUGGUCCUCUUCACCUACUACCUGCAGGAACAGCUGGCGGCCGGUGGCUUCCCAGUGACCGUAAACGCCGUGGACCCUGGCAUGGUGGACACGGCGCUGUACGACAACCUGUGGAGCCUCGCACAGGCACUGAAGAAACCAGUGGCCAAGAUACUGUUCAGGACUCCAGCAGAGGGAGCAUCCAUAUCCAUCUAUGCUGCAACUGCCUCUGAAAUGGAGGGCGUGGGGGGCUGUUAUCUGUACAACGGCGAGAAGAGGCAGUCCUCCGACAUCUCCUACGACUCUGAGCUACAAGCCGAGAUGUGGAAGAAGAGCUGCGAGCUAGUAGGCCUUUAGGAGGCCUGACCCGCCCUGCUGUUAACCCUCACACAGGGAUAGCUCUACAUCUUCCAGAGUCAUCUGAGAGACGGUAUCUGGAGCUCACUAAUGAUAUUGAACCACUGUUUCACUUUACAUUGUCCCAACCUGGAUCUCCAUGCUCACCCAUAAUCCUGUGCCAUCGAGCAGUCGGGCACUUGUUGUUCUUAAAGGCACUGAACCAGACUUUAAUCUGGGUAUCAUGCCAAGUGUUUUAUCGUAGUGCAGUUUUGUUGUGUUAAAUAAAUACAGACAAUUUGAUCAUAUGAGCAACCUAAAUGCCUUAGCGGUGCCUAUUUAAGCCUACAAACAUAUUGAAUUUUUUUAUAUAUAUAUAUAUUGGCACGGAAUCCAUUUGUUUCCAUAUUUGUGAUAAGUAAUGUGUGUAAAUUGUAUAGAAUUCUACAAAAGAAAUGCAGAUUUUUCACUGGGACACUUUGUUUUUGUUGUACUAAAAACAUAAUGAUAUUAUGGAAAUUAAGUUUUCAUAGUUUGUUUCUAAGCCAAAAAGAAUUCCAAACUGACUCAACCAGAUCUAAAUGUUAAAAAAUAAAACAAUUGUAGUGCAAUACUAAUGGCUUUAGCUUUAGUUAACAAUCCAAAAUGUUUGCUAAAAGCAAACCAAGUUGGAGCCAAUUGUUAGACAUUAUAAUUACAUAUCUUCUCCUUAUUGUGACAUUUAAGGAUAAGGCUGGCAAAAGUCUGUGUUUUUUGUCAUUAAUUCCAUGAAAAGAACAAAACCAACAAUGAGUCCCACGUGCACCGUCCUGCUACUGGAAAUACCAAAUGUUCAUUAAUCCACCGCUGAAAAUAGUCCCCAACAAAAACAUAAUUUCCUCCUGUUUGAGUAACAUUUGAUUAAAAACCACAGUGAGCAGCUGUUUAAGAAAAUGACUGAGCCUUUAUACAAAAUUAAACUAUUUGUGAAUUGGUUUUUUUACAGAUUCACAUCAUCAGUAAGAACCAAUGGAGCCACAGACAGGAAGUCAGAAAGUAUUGAGGCUAUAGGAUUUGUUGACCGUAACGAAAAUAUAGAAUUAAUCCAGCCUUAUCCUUUAAAGCUGGGGUUGGUAAUCUUGGAAAGCUAGCGAGAGAGCUAGCAAGGUUUGAAAAUAGC